GCAGCCCCCCACUUCUGCUUUUAGUUUUGACAAAUAUUCAAUCCUCAUAGUGCUCAUCCUCCUAAAUCCAAUGUCACAUCCUUUCCCCAUCUCUCCCUAUAUAUAAAUCACUCUCUCUAUCACAACGGAACCACCUAAGAUAUUUUUCCACAACCAAAACAACAAAAAGGCCAAAGAAGUGUAUAUGGAGACUAUCAGUGUUGGGGCAAUGAGAAGCUUAUCAGAUAGUGAAGGAGAAUCGGCAAUUAAGAAAGGAUCAUGGACUGAGGAAGAAGAUUGUCUUCUCAUCAACUAUGUCAACCUCCACGGCGAGGGCCAUUGGAAUUCCCUCGCUCGCUCUGCAGGUCUAAAGCGAACGGGAAAAAGCUGCAGGCUAAGAUGGUUGAACUACUUGCGUCCAAAUGUUCGACGUGGGAACAUCACCCUUCAAGAACAGCUCUUGAUUCUCGAACUCCAUUCCCGCUGGGGCAACCGGUGGGCUAAAAUAGCAGAACAAUUGCCUGGGCGAACAGAUAAUGAAAUAAAGAACUAUUGGAGGACGAGAGUGGUGAAGCAAGCGAAGCAACUCAAAUGUGAUGUGAACAGCAAACAGUUUAGGGAUGCUGUGCGUUUUGUUUGGAUGCCACGCCUUAUGGAGCGGAUUCAAGCUUCUUCUUCCUAUGGACAUGGCCAAACCACAUUGUGCAACACUCAAACACACGCUGAAUCUAGUGGGGUCAAUCCCAUGAUGUUUUGUGAAAGCUCAGUGAUUUCCUCGUACUCUUCAGGGGUUGAUGUUCAGCCUCUUUCUCUCUCUGAUGCGAGUACAACUUCAUCUUGCAAUUUAAUGGGAGAUGGUAGCUGUUCAUCGGACAGUGUUGAAAAGGGGUGGCAGCAGUGGGACUACUCUGAUCUCCAGGCAUUUGAACCCAACCAUGGUUUUGGUGAUGCAGACUUGUGGACCGAUGAAAACAUGUGGUUUUUGCAGCAGCAUCUUGUUGAUGAGUUUUGAUCCAGUUUUUCUGUAUACACUACCCAUUAUAUUAGAUAGUUCAAAGAUAUCAGAGUUUAUCUGACUUCAUAUCGAUAAACUACUGAAUGAAAUUUAACCGAGGAUUGAUUGUUUGUAACUGUCCAACUACUGAAUGAUAUAUAUUCUUUUUUACAAAAGUAAAAUCAUGGUAGUCG